CCCAAAAGCUCUUGCGCCCCACUCUCUCUCUCUUUCUCCCACCCUCUACCUGAAAUCUCUUAGCUACAGAGAUUGAAGGAUUAGAGAGAGAGAGAGAGAGAGAGAGUGAGAGUGAAAGAAGGAUUAAGUUAUACAAUUAUGGCGGCGCCCGAAGUUCCUCUCCGCUACGUCGGAAUUGAUCGAAGUUCAGCCGCCUUCCGCCUUAUGAAACAAAUGGGAUGGGAAGAAGGAGAAGGGCUUGGUAAGGAAAAGCAAGGUAUCAAAGGAUAUGUCAGGGUGAAGAACAAGCAGGAUACUUUAGGUAUAGGCACAGAGAAGCCAAAUGCAUGGGCGUUUGACACCACUCAAUUUGAUAGUAUCCUCAAGAAACUGAAAGUGCAAGCUGUUGAAAUCAACAAGGAUGAAGACGAUGAAAAAGAUGAGAAAAAAGCCGCUGCCAAGCCCAGCCCUGCCAAGGAAAAUCAAGAUACAGCUGUGAAGUUUACUCGACCACAGGGAAGGUAUAAGAAAAGAGAGAAGGGAAAGCUUGUACAUGCAUAUUCUUCUCAGGAUCUUGAAGGAAUCCUUGUAAACAGGGCUAAGUCGCCUGAGAUUGAUCAUGCUCAGGAAGUCUCAGAGGAAGCAAAUUUAAUUGAAAUCCAUCUUCCUGAUAUGGAAGAGGAAGUUCAAGAUGUUCCACCAGAGUGGUGGGGAUACAAACUUGGGUUUGUCACUGGAGGUUUGCUUGGUGCGGAAUCUCGAAGAAAGAAGUCCCUCUUGACUAAUGAAAGAACUACAUUCAAUGAGGAGGAUCAGGAGAAUCUAUACAAACUUGUUCAGGACAAGGCCACAUCUGGAAAACAAGGGCUUGGUAUCAAGGACCGUCCAAAGAAAGUUGCAGGCUGCUACUUUGAAGGGAAAAAGACCACUUUUGGUGAUAGUGACGGCGAGGAUUCUUUUGAUUCACGUUCUUCAGUAAAAAGAAAAUAUGAUGACACCUCAGAUAUGGAUAAAGGUGGAGAGAAGCCAAAACUUAAGAAGUUGUGUAGGCAGCUUCUACGGCAGGCACCUGGGGAGUCAUUAAAGCUGAAGCAGCUCAAAGAACUUGUUGAUGAACUCUCACCUUCUACAUUCUUCAACUUUUCUCCCAAAGAGGCACUUACUUUUUUGAAGCAUAAGCUUGAGAACAGUGACAGGUUUUCAGUGAAGGGGAAGAAAGUCUCCCUCGUGGAAAGAAGCUGAUGAAAAUUAUCCUGCUACUUGACCUUCCUGUAACGAUUUUGUACAUUGCCAUUGAGAGUAGAUUAUAGAAACAUUGUUUCAGUUAUCAGAUAGCAAUAGUAUUUGUCGUUAAAGUUGGUUUGUCAGGUUUCUUUUGGGUGGUUAGGGAGGAAGGUCUUUUGUUCUCUUAAUUAUAUUAUAUUGUCGGGAUCAUUGAUGUGGUAAAUUACAGAUUAACCUUCGAGGUUUUUUGUAAUUGCAAAAGCCUCAUUAGAUCAAAUUACAUUUAUAUUCUUUGGAAGAUUGGUCUGUUUUACAUAGGGAUGACAAACGAGUUGUAUCCAGUCACUAUACUUAUGAGGCAUGUUUAGAUCGAAA